AUGGCAAGUCGCAUGGUUGGGUAUGGAAGAGGAGGGGGAGGAAGCACUGACGAGUCUCGCGUUAGCGACGAUGGCGGCGCUGGCCGCGGUAGGGGUAGAGACAGCGGGGACAUCGCCGGUGGAGGGCGUGGCUCCAGACGGGAAAAUCGACACCCUCAGGUGCAGCAGCAGCCUAGCGGGUAUGUGGCUGGUGGUGGUGGUGAUUGUGGUGGUGGUGAGGGCAAGGAGAAUGUUUUCGGUGCUGCCACGUGGCGACGCCUGGGGCUGCUACGUGGCAUGCUGGAGCAGUUUUAUGACCGGCAGCAGAACCUGGUGCUGGUGAAGCUGUGCACGAGUGUGAGUGGACGAGCGGCUAGGAGUGCUGAUAAAAGUGUGACUAAAAGCGCAGCUAAGCGUGCUGGUGAAAGUGUGACUAAAAGCGCAGCUAAGCGUGCUGGUAAAAAAGCGACUAAAAGCGCAGCUAGGAGUGCUGCUAAAAGUGGGACUACAUCGAGGGGGAUUGGAAGAGAGGGUGGUGAGGAGGAGGAGGAGGAGGAGGAGGAGGAGGAGGAGGAGGAGGAGGAGGAGGAGGAGGAGGAGGAGGAGGAGGAGGAGGAGGAGGAAGAGGAGGAAACGAAGGAGGCAGAAGAAGAAGAGGAGCAAGAGAGGGAGGAGGAAGAAGAAAAGGUGGAGGAAGAAAAUGAAGAGGAAGAGGAGGGGGAGGAGGAGGAAGAGGAAGAGGAAGAAGAGGAGGAAGAUGAAGAGGAGGAAGAGGAGGAGGAAGAUGAAGAGGAGGAAGAGGAGGAGGAGGAGGGUGACAUGGAGGCAGCGGUGCAGAGGGCGUGGUUGCUCUUAUUCACCGCGUGCCACGUGGUGGUAUGUAUCAGCCCCUCGCCCCUCUUCCACCCGCACCUGCUGCGCUCCUUCCGCUCCCUGCAGCGCGCCAAGCUCGCCCUGCUGCCGCGCCUGCUGCUGCCCCACCGACCGAGGGAGACACUGCCAAAGCAGCCGACGACGCCAGAGCACUGCGAGGAGAAUCAGCUGCUGCAAGAGCUGCCCCAGCCUGCUGCUCUCGCCGUGACUCACACCGCAGGAGGAGGGGGGAAGGGCGAGGGAGGAGGCAAGGAUGGUGGGGCUGGGGGCAGGGAGGCGGCUGCAGCAGCAGCAGGAGGAGGAUCAGCCACUGGUGCUGCUGCUUUGGCCGGGCCUGCUGGUGCUUCCGGUGCUGUUGGUUCUGCUGGUGCUUCUACUGUUGAUACCAGUGCGGCCAGUGACGCGAGCCCACCUGUCAUGUCGCCAUUGGUCAUCCGUCGCCGCAUGCAAUCCGCCCUGGAGUCGCAGAUCAGAUCUCUGCUCAAGCGCUGCCGCCCGGUGGCCUCUGCUGUGGACGUACACGUGGCAGGCCCCCGUUGGCUGAGGCAAUGGACGGCCAUGAUGAAGAGUGGAGCACUGAGCCAGAUGAAAGAUGCGGAAGGCGCAACGGGGGAUGCAGCAGCAGCAGCAGCCACCACAGCAGCAGCCAUAGCAGCAGCACCAACACCAUUGGCAGCUGCAGAUGCAACACUGGCAGCAGCGGUGGCAGCAGCAGCGUCCCCUCUGUUCGUGCUGGACCCCUCUCGCUGUGCUCUCGUCAUUCACCACUCUGCUCUCUCCAACCAACGCGGCCUCUCCACUGCUACUGACGCCCUCAUGGCUGCACAACUGGGCGACAAUCCGGGCGGCGGUUUGGGCGGCAGUCUGGGCGGCAGUCUGGGCGGCAUGGGACAAGAACUGGGCGGCAAGGGAUUGAACGCGAGCAUGGCAUUGCAGCAGCAGGGCCUUCCUCUCUCCUUCUCCCUCCUCUCCCCGUCCUUCUCAUCCCUCGCGCCCUUCUCCCCCGUGCUUCUCAACCCGCCGGCACCGCUCUCCACCGCACCGCAAUCCCACGCACCCUCCACCCUCACAUCAGCCCUCUCAGCAGCACCCCUCUCCUCCUCAUCAGAGCUAGCAGAGUCAGCAGCGGGGUCGAUCUGGGACUUUAUUGUGGGGCAGAGGGAGGUGAUGGAGGCUCGAUGGAAGGCUGCUCAGCCCCUCCCAGGGCGAGGCGUUGGUUCUGCCAGUGUUGGGGGCAGAGGGGGAAGUGGCGGCAGGGACGGCAGCGGUACCGCCUUAUUGUCCCUAGCUCCAGCCGCAGCUGUGCCAGCUGGUUCGGGUGCAGCAGCAGGAGGAGGAGGAGGAGAAGGAGAAGGAGCCGGAGAAGGAGGAAAUGAAGGGGCGGAUGUGGAAGCAGGGCCAGUGGCAGGGGCAGCAGCAGCUGUAGGGGCAGGGGCAGGGGGGGGGAGAGGGGGCAUGAGGGGGAGGGGAGGGUGGGCGGGGGCGCUGGGGCUGACAAGAGGAGGCGGGGGAGCAAGAGGGCGCAUGGGGGGAGGCGUGGGGGGAUCUGCAGGCGGAGUGGGGGGAGGGGGGCUACCGUGGGAGCUACCAGAUUUUGACACGUGGCAGGCUGGGUGUGAGAGGGUGGCUCGUGUGGUGUGUGAGUGGAAAGGGAAAAGGGAUCAGGGUUCUGGUCAGAGGGUGGACGGAGGGUUUCAAGGGGAUGCAAAGGAGUUUGGUGCGGUGCUGACCGCGUUUAGUUAUGCUGGCAGAGGUGCUGGUAGCAGUAGGAAGAGGGACGUGCGAGGAAGAGGAAGAGGGGGAGGAAGAGGAGGAGGAAGAGGAGGAGGAAGAGGAGGAGGGAGAGGAGGAAGAGGAGGAGGAAGAGGAGGAGGAGGACAAGGAAGGGUGGGUGUAUCGGCAACACCAUCACUACAAUCAUCAACAGCAGCAGCAGUGCUCACGCCAUCCCAACCUCCCCUCACGCACACGCACAUGCACAGCGACCAAUCAGAUUCGUCCAGCUCCCCUGCAGCCCUCUUCUCCUCCUUGCUCUGCCGCACUGCCCUCACCCGCGCCCUCCACACGUACCGCAGGGGCCUCGGGCAGCUCUACACUGCCCGUGUGCACCAAACACACUUCCGGGCAGCCGUGAAAGUUUUCGCGGAGGCCGCCCGAGGACCUGCCCGGGGGGAGUUCUUCGAGCUGCUGAAGCGGCAGUGUUAUGAGCACUGGGUGGGGAAGGGAGUGGGAGGAGUGGGAGGAGUGGGAGGAGUGGGAGGAGGGAGGCAGCAGUGUGAGGCGGUAUCUGCCUUGGGAUUACCAUGUUGGUUACCGCUAGGGCAUGAGAGGUGGGGGGUGGCAGCGAGGGAGGAGGUGCACGGGAUGGCAAGGAGGGCAGGGGAAGCAGGGCAACGGGAACACACUGUUGCAGCUUUCUUCGAGGGCAGAGCGAGCAGGUGUGGGAGUGGGGCGAGCAGGCAUGAGAGUGGGGCAGUGCUGCUGUGUGCGUGUGUCUGUGGCAGCACCCAAGCCCUUCUCUGUGACCCCUUCCUCCCUACGCCCCUCUCCCUGCUCUCGCUCUCCUCCCUCCUCCGCCCAUCGCUUUCCUGCUGCGACCUGCUCUGGUCCAUUCCUCUUGACCAGACGAGCUGGGGAGAAGCAAAGGCGAACAGGCAAAGCUCUAAAGCUGGCGAGACGGAAUCUCAAUGGAGAGAGGACGUGCAGAGGAGAGAGCGGAAGGGGAGUGAGGGGUUGGAAUUUGAGUGGGGUGUUACUGUUCUGGGCAGUAGGAAUUGGUACGACCCAAUGAAGGGGGUCCAGCAGGAGGGAUUUCUGCCCGGGCGAAACUUUCUUCUGCCCUGGGCAGUCCAGCUGCCGGCGAUCUAUGUGGCUGAGGAGGGAGGCCGGGGUGCGGGCAGCAGCAGAGGGGCAGGAAAGGAAAGCGGGUUGGUGGGUGUGGAGGGAGGGACGAGGGGAGGUGGAGGAGUGGGAGAUGGAGGAGAGGGAGGUGGAGGGAAAGAGGGGGAGGUGAGGGGGGGGGGUUGGGAGGGAGAGAGUGACAGCAGAGGAGAAGGAGGGGAGGGAGGAGAGGGAGGAGAGGCAGGAGAAAGAGGGGGUGAAGGGGAGGGAUGUAAAGUGCCAGGGGUUGUGGAAGCUGCUGCGUCGAAGGGGUUGGGAGGUGGGCGUGGGGCGGUGGCCGAGACUCGCUAUUGCAUGGCUCGAUACAGUGUAGGGGAUGCUGGCGUUAUUGCUGCACUAGAAGAGGGGGCUAAGGUGGUGGUUGCAGAAAGGGAGUGGCAGCAGGGGCAGGGAGGGCAGGGCGUGCAGCAGGAAACAGAGGGGGAGGUGGAUGCACGGGCAGAGGAUGGGGGGAAGAAGGAGGUGGGGGCAGGGGCAGGGGCAGGUGCAGGAGCAGGGGCAGGAGCAGGGGCAAAAGCAGCAGCUGCGGUAGGGACAGGGGCAACGGCAACGUUACGUGCUCGUGAGGUGCAGCCUCCCACCUCUUUUGCCCGUGUUGCCGCCAUUGCAGGGGGAGCAGGUAGGCAAGCAGCAGCAGUGAACACUGCCGAGAUGGCAUUCCCUCCCCUCUCUGCCUCUGUGCAUGGCGCAGCAGCACCGCAUGGGGUGACAGCAGGGCAUGGCGCAGCCACUGCAGCGCAUGGGGCUGACAAGGGCCUCGAAUACGCUUGCUCUGCCGGCCACCGCUUCUUUGCUGCCCCGCCCCUAUCCGCCCGAACCAGCGGGGCAGAGGGAUUGAUUGGAGGUGAGAAGGACUGGGUUGGGGAGUGGGUUGGGAGGGACCAGUCUCUGGUGGUGGGGUGCCCUGAGUGUGAGGCGGUGAGAGGGCGUGGUGUGCGAAGUGUUACUGUGAAGGGGGAGGAGGUGAUGUUGGGGAGGGAUGAGAGAGUGGAGGGGGAAGGGGAGGGGAGUGGGGAGGAGGAGGAGGAGGAGGAGGAGGAGGAGGAGGAGGAGGAGGAGGAGGAGGAGGAGGAGGAGGAGGAGGAGGAGGAGGAGGAGGAGGAGGAGGGGGGAGGGGAGGAGGAGGGAGGGGAGGAGGAGGAGGGAGAGGAGGGGGGAAAGGAAUCGAAUACGAAACGGGUGGGAAGAGCGAUUGUUAAAGGGGAGGAGAGAGAAGAGGAUGUAGAAUUGGGAGAAGCAAAGGCCUUGACUGCUUGGGAGGCGAGCAGCAGUGGUGGGAAGGGAGAGGGGAGUGAGAAGGAAAAUGGGAAGACAAUUGGGGAUGUGGGAGGGAAAGGAGCAGCGAGGGGAGAGGGCAGCAAGGAGAGAGGGUCAAUAGGGGGCAAGUGGGGCCACAGGAAGCAGUCCUGUGACAUACAGGAGGCAGGUGGGGGCAAGUGGGGCCACAGGAAGCGGUUCUUCCCAGCAACUGCUGCUACUCUGCAGCGCAUCCAUGUGGUCAGUUUGAUUCGAUUCGAUCUUGUUUGA